AUGAAAGGCGCUUCCAAUACCUUGCGCUCAGCAUUCUCCUUCUGUGUACAACAAGUCCGAACCUAUGACUACCACCACUACCUCUGCCUUCUCGAGCUUCCUCCAGACAUGCGAAAGGCAGCCUUUGCACUCCGUGCCUUCAACGUCGAAACUUCAAAAGCCAUGGACGUCGCAUCAGAUCCCAGAAUUGGUCUCAUGCGCCUUCUAUGGUGGCAAGAAGCAAUUGACAAGAUAUACUCCAGCAAGUCAAUCGACCAGCCAGUCGCUCAAGCCCUCGCAUCAGUAAUCUCCGACCACAAAAUCAGCAAAGGAUGGUUGAAACGUUCUGUCGAGGCAAGGAUCAACGACGCAAGGAGAGAUCCCAAUGACAUCCCAAACUCCAUAUCCGAGCUGGAAAAAUAUGCUGAGGACACCGUAUCCACCCUUCUGUACACAACCCUUCAAUCCGAUGGCAUCAGGUCUACUGCAGCUGACCACGCUGCGUCCCACAUUGGUAAGGCGAGUGGGCUACUCUUGCUUCUCAGGUCGUUGCCGUAUCAUGCAAGCAAGAGCCGUCAAGGCUCGUAUAUACCAAUCGAGGUGGCGUUGAAACAUGGGGUUUUUGGUUAA